CACGCGGUAAAUGCUAAAUGGCGGCGAGUCGCUAGAGGUGUGUUGUAGGUCUAGGUCAUAGUUCCUGAUUGAGGUAUAUUCACUAGCUGUUUUAGGUGGAAGAUUAUAAAGUAGAGUAAAAGUGAAAGUUAAACAUCAUUGUAGCACAAUGAGUGAUAUCAUGGCUUCCGAAGAUGAUGCCUCAAUUGAUCAAAAUGAAAUUGAAAAACUAGGAGGCAAGUCUGGCGUCAUAUUCUUGAUCGACUGCAGACCAUCUAUGUUUUCUGAAUCGGUUAUUAAUUCAGAAAAUGUUAAAAUAACUAAAUUCAUAACCGCGCUGCAGUGUUUCAGAACAGUUCUGCUGAAUAAGAUGACUGCUCAGCAGCAGGACCUGAUUGGUUUGGUCUUGUUUGGAACUGCCAAUUCCAAUCCCAAAGAUAAACUGAAAAAUAUUUCAUGUCCUCUGGAUCUCGCCCACCCAAAUGUGGAUUAUGUAAAGCAGAUUGAUUUGAUGAUGAGUGAUACAAAUGCUGCAUCACUACAGCGAACUUACAGUUCAUCAGAGCAAUCUUCACUUGCAGACGCUCUUUGGUAUUGCAGCUCCUUGUUUUCUCAAAGUGGAAGUAGCUUUGAAGAAAAAAGAAUCCUGUUAUUUACGGAUGACAGUGAUCCUCACUCUGCAGAUGCCGAUCAAGCACACAAGGCCCGAAAGAGAGCCAAAGAUUUGAAUCAGCUGAACAUUUCACUUGAGUUGCUUCCAAUGGGGACCAAUUUUGACUACUCAACAUUUUAUAAGGAGCUUUUGGAGAUCGUGAAUGGCUUCUCUGACACAGAAGUUGAUGCGACAUCGAAGCUGGAAGAACUCCUUGUACGAGUUAAGAGGUUGGACUCCAGAACUAGACGCCAUGCCAAGUUGAAGUGGAAUCUGGGGAAUGGAGUUUCUCUAGGAGUCUCUCUGUACACAUCUUAUAGAGAGGCCAGUAUACUACCUAAGGAGCCUUUGUAUCGAGCUACGAAUGAGUCGGUUAGAAGAAUAAAACAAACAUACGAUCAGGCGACUGGACAGCUACUGUUGCCCUCCGAUGUUUCGAACUAUGUAACCGUAGCGGGAAAGGACAUUGUCUUUACCAAAGAAGAAAAAGAAAUGAUGUAUAAGUUGGAGGAGCCUGAACUAACUUUGUUGGGUUUUAAGCCACUUACCUCUGCCAAGGAAGGUUUGCAUUUUGGCCCGUCUUCUUUUGCAUAUGCGGAAGAAACUUUGAUUAAAGGAAGUAAAGAACUUAUGAAAGGUCUGGUGAUGCAGUGUAUCGCCAAACAGAACGUGGCACUGUGCCUUAUGACCUCACGAUACAGAGCUGCCACAAAAUAUGUGUAUCUUCUCCCUUGUGAUGAAACAUUUGACAGUGAUGGAAACCUGCAGACUUCUCUUGGCUUUCAUGUGAUUCCUGUGCCAUAUUACAAUGAUGCCAGGGAACAAAAGUUUGGUGAAAAAUCACCUGAGGUUACAAAUGAAGUUAAACUGCUCGCCAAAAAAUUGUUGACCAAAUUGAAAUUCGUUUUUAAACCAAGUGACUUUAAAAAUGAAAAGUUACAACUUUUUUGGGAACAUUUGGAAGCCCUUGCUUUGGGACACCUAAUUCCAAAUGAUGUUGAAGAUCAAACACUUCCAGAUAAAGCCGCCCAGACAGAAAGAUUGGGCCCAUUAAACAAAGAGUUCAACAACGCUUGCUCACUGAAUGGGGAAGACACCUCGACCUGCCCUGCGACCAAACGACCUGCUCCAGAAACUUCUGGCAGUCCAGCCAAGAAGGUCAAGCAGCCACUGCCCACAGAAGACCUUGUAAAACAAAUUAAAUCUGCUAUAAUAAAGCGAGAGGUAGACAGGUUCACUGUUGCUCAAAUCAAGGAGUUCCUUAGCCUCCACAAAAAAAAUGUGACUGGCCUAAGGAAGGCCAGUCUGAUAGAAGCUGUGUAUAAGCUGAAAUUCUAGAAAAUUACCCAUUAAAAUAUUGUAAGAGUGUUAACGUUUAACUAUUUCCUUUAUAAAUAUUUUGAACUAAUAUGAAAUAUAAAUUAAAGUUAAUUGUGCUGUGUUAAAAGUUUGAAAAUGUUUAAAAUUACCAUUUCUUAUUCUAUUAAAACAAUGUUUGCUCAAUUUACUAAAUGUAACCAAACAUUUCCAAUCAAUAUACAAAUGUUUGGGUUAAGAGCUCAUAAACCUCUAACACUAUGAGUAUUCUUGUUGUAUGAGUACUCAUAGUUCAAACAGUAUUUUAUCUCAUUAAUACUUCGCAUUCGUGUUUUUAUUUUUUAAUAUUAGUAUAGUCUGUUAGAUAAUAAGAACUGUUCCUAUCAUUACAAAAUGUUUGUAUUUUUGUACAAAUAAAUAUUGUUUAUAUAAAGA